GAUACACUUAUGGCAAAAGCGGAGUUACAUUGUAUUGGCGUUCUAGAACAUUAGUACUACACAAUAUUUGUUGCCCGCCGGUGUCGUAUUCGUGCGAGCAUGUCCCGCUCGGCAGCCAAGUCACGAGGGGAAAAGCCUAGGGCAGGCUCGGUACCCGUGCCCCCUCCUCCGCCCCCUUCGGCGGUGGAAGUAGUGGACAUAAUUCCCGGUCGCCUCACAGAGAACGCCUGGGUUGCUAUGACGACACAGGAGGAGGGGGAUGAGGUGGUGGCAGAGAUCAUAGCAGAUCUGAAGUCUACCGUCUUGGACAAAUGCUAUGAACAGUACAUUGAAAAACAGCUGGUACCAUACACUGCCUUCUGGGCUUGCAGCAGCCUGGUUGAAACAGUGAACUGGCUGUUCCUGGCAAGGGAUGAGGGGGAGAUGGCAGAGAGCGCCCCCUUGUGGGCGGAAGACUCCGAAACAGUAGCUUCGCCCGGUGACUCAUGGGCUGAAGGCUGUGUGCCAGUGCACUACUCCUGGGUCAGCUCACACACACCUCUACUCCAGAAGCUACUGGAUUUCAAUUCAGUUGAAUCGACAGAUUUGCGGGAUUUACAGCGCAAGUCUCGGUCGCCGACGAGACAAGAGCUCCAUAAGAGGCGGGUUCCGACCCCGACAACUCCUCGGCGCACUGCGGAACCUGCCACGACAGCGGAGAGUGACCCAGAGAGGCCUCCAGUCCACACAGCAUCAUCUGAAACCCCACAGAGGAGGACACUGCAGAGCCAGCUGCAUCCAACAUCCCCUCACAAAGCCACGCCACCUCCACGCGGGAGACGCAAACCUCUGCCGCACAAUCCCAGAAACGUGAGCCGAAGCCCAGGCAUCUCAAAAGGCAACCUGCUAACCUGUAAAACCCAACCACCUCAGCAUAUAAGGAGAACUGGCCCCCUUUAUAAGAAACUAGACCCGGCCCUUCUCCCUGUGAGCUGUUACUGGCCCGAGGUGGAAGUCCUGGAGCCUUGCCCCUCGCUGCAGAGAAAUGGGGGGCUCACUGCCCGGCUUCAGCCCAACCAGCAGCACGGCAACAGGGGCACAUCUGCCUCGGUAUCCCCCCGUAUCCACCACCAGGGGUUACCUAGUGUCCGGAGGAGGAGCGUCAUCCAUAAGCCUCAGCGGCCGAUCCUCCAUGCUGGUGCCCAGCAGAACAGCUUCCCGCUGGGCUUCACCCCUCUGUUCGCCGGGCUCUCUCUGGACACCAUGGAGCUUGGCCCUGGAUUCAGCUUAAGGGACCCGACCGUGGGCCGGUCAGGCCCUGGGAGGGAGGACCCACCCUGGUUGCCCCCGAUGCCUGAGUUGAAGCCAAUCAGAAGCAGCCUGCCACCUUUGUUGUGGUCCCUGGAUGAGGUAGUGACAGGGCACUCACCAGGGGUCAACCCUCCUACUAGCUGAAGGACUAGCUGGGACACACUGCCACCCACUGCCACCCACUGCAAGGUCUAUCACUGAAAUACAACACAUGAACUAGUAUACUUUAAAAUAAUGUUUGCUCAUUUUGAUUCAAGAAAAUGUGCUCCCUUGCGACCUUGCGUUGCAGUUUGAUAACAAUCCUUUGCGUUCGUAAAAAAAGGUCAGCAUCUGAUCCAUUAUAUGACACAUUUGAGCUGUUUACAUAAUUGCUUUUGACGCAAAAGCAAUCUUCAUUCCUGGGAAGAUCGUAAAAUUCUGCAGUAGUGGUUCUGUGGGUUGUGGGUGAAUAUUGAUGUUCAGUACGUGACCACAUAGCUGUGCUGUGGAUCAUAUUUUCUGGUUUUCCCACCAUGACAACCCGAGUCAGAAGACGAAGAUGCUACAUGCUGAGAUAAACCAAGUCAUGCUUUGACCACAGGAAGUGACAUGACGAUACAGAAGGAAAUCUGUAAUAUUUAGUGUUUAUUGCAACUGAGCCAGAAGGCGGAACACCUUUGUUAUAGCUUACAUCCUAGUCACUGGCAUGUGACGGCAACUGUGUUGUUGGUAAAUAAUGUUUCGUUCACCCUAUGUUUUAUUGCAUUCUACCAGAGCCAGUGACCUGGAUGUAAAUAUUUGAUUUCAUGCAGAAAGUAAAUAUGAACCUUCAAGCAUCAGACAAAGUCCUUAAUUAAAGAUU